AUGAUACUUUCUCUUAGGGAUCUUAUGGAGAAAGUAUUUCUUAAUUUAUCUGUCAAUUACACUGAUGUAAACUGGUUAUAUGAAAGAGCUAUACUAGCUCCAACUAAUGAAAUGUUUGAUAAACUCAAUCAAAAACUUCUUCAAAAGUUAAGAUACAUCAGAAUUGACUUUUCCAUUAAUUGCCAACAGUCGAUCAAGAUCAGGUCGUUUGAACUUCUGAACACACUUAAACCCACUGGGAUGCCACCGCAUAACUUGACGCUAAAACUGGGUGCUGCCAUUAGGUUGCUAAAGAAUCUUGACCAAUCUUACCUGUGCUAUGGAACUCGCUUAAUUGUUACUUUAAUGAUGUCCCGUGUCCUAAAGGCAACAAUCAUCACAGGUACUCACAAAGGAGAAAAUGCCUUCAUUCUCAAAAUUCCUCUUAUACCUACAGGUGUUCCAUUCGAAUUUAAGACGCUUCAGCUUCGAGUCAGACUAAGUUUUGGUAUUUCGAAUAACAAACCACACGGUCAAUCCCUCAAGACAGUUGCACUUGGUCUCUCUAGUGCAUGCUUCUCCCAUGGCCAUCUCUAUGUUGCUUGCGCGCGAGUUGGAAGCAGCAACAAUUUAUUCAUUUCGACACCAAUAAAAAAGUUACACAAUGAAUAUUGUUUACCCUGA